CAGUAUAAUCUAAUAAUGGAUACUACUACUUGCCUCUCCACAGCCCCGCGACCCAUAGUGUUCCUUCAGCACGGGCUGCUCGGGUCGUCCACCCAGUGGAUCGAGAAUCUGGUCAACGAGAGCCUCGGUUUCAUCCUGGCCGAUGCAGGGUUUGAAGUCUGGUUGGGGAACAUUCGCGGAAACACCUACUCCAGACGGCACGUCAAGCUGAAGCCUUCUCAGGAGCAGUUUUGGGCUUGGAGUUGGGAUGAGAUGGCGAGGUAUGACCUUCCCAAGAUGCUGACCCACGCGCUGAGCGUGACCAACCAGACGCAGCUGUACUACGUGGGCCACUCCCAGGGGACCAUGAUCGGGUUUGCUGAGUUCUCCAGGAACCAGGAGCUGGCCAGGAAAGUCAAGACGUUCUUCGCGCUGGCUCCUGUUGCACAUCUGGGAAACAUGGAGUCUCCCCUCAGAUUCCUGUCAGAGGUUUUGGACCCAACUGUGCUCUAUUCUCUCCUUGGGAAGGGGGAGUUCCUGCCCACCAGCGAGUUUAUCCGCUUCCUGGGCCAGGAGGUCUGUGACAAGCCAGUACUGGACGUCUUCUGUGAGAACGUGCUGUUCCUCAUCGCAGGGUUCAACUAUGGCAACCUGAAUGUGUCUCGUAUCCCUGUGUACACCGGCCACAAUCCUGCAGGGACUUCUGUCCAGAACAUGGUGCACUAUGCCCAGCAAGUCAAGACUGGGAAGUUCCAGAUGUUUGACUAUGGACCACAGGGCAACAUGAUCAAGUAUAAUCAGACAACUGCACCGGAGUACAACGCAAAGAAUGCCACGCUACCCGUGGCCAUGUUCUCAGGGGGCCACGACAUUCUUGCAGACCCAAAGGAUGUGGCCAUACUGGAGGGGGAGCUGCCAAACAUCACUCACAAGAAGGUUCUACCUGAGUGGGAACACCUGGACUUCAUAUGGGGUAUGGACGCUGCGCGGAGGUGCUACGCAGACAUCAUUCAAAUCAUCAAGAGCAUGGAGAAGAUGUGAGGGAGAGAGAGAUGGUUUAUGUAGAUAACAACAACACAAACAAAGUACAAGAUGGUAGUCCGAAGACUAAAUUGCCUCAUACAAUGCACAAUACAGGAAGGUGCCAAAAAAGUCUAUUGUAAUCUUCUAUCUAAAAAUAAUCUCCAUGCUUAUUUCUUUACUAAUACAUCAAUGGGGCCUUUACCAGACUGUUUAGUACAGUUAUGAAAUAGCUACACGGAGGUGCUACGCAGACAUCAUUCAAAUCAUCAAGAGCAAAGAGAAGAUAUAAGAAUGGUGGAGACAACAUAGCUAGAGCUGUGUACCAGCACACUGUACCAAUACAGUACCAGUACAAUCGAUGAGGUACAGGUCCAAAAUACCAGAACCCUGGUGUACAGGUACUGGACCUGUGUCUAAUAAGUGCAAGUCAGGCAGGUCAGAGGAUGGCCACUUUGACAGAUAAAAUUACCGUGAAAUUACCAUAGGAAAAAACAAUAAUUUUGUAUGGGUAAAAUUUUGUUGCAUCAUGUGUCUCAAUUAAACACAUUUUUAUUGGAUCAAA